CUCUCCCACCAAGCGCUCGCCGUGUGCGCACGCGCAGCCUCAAACGUAUAGUAUCAUUACAGUGAUAAAAAACAUUUGGUAUCAGUGGAUUUCAGUGUGUAUACGAACAUAGUGUUAUGUGCUUUCCCCUAGUGCCACGGCGUACAGGAAAGAGUCUGAUAACUUUAUAUAUUUUUAACCGCAGUGUCUAUUAACUGUUUAUGGCCUGUACAGUGCGUCUAUUGUUGUGUGCGCCUCCACUAAUCUCCUAUUCACCUGUUCGUGCCACUAGCUGCGGUUGGACUGUGAAAUGUGACAAAAAAUUGCAAAGAGCCUGGCAUUUUACGGUUCGGACCCUCGGUUUGUAAACUCAGUGGAUUAACUACCUGACUACUGGAGUGUGGACGCGACCGACGAUCGAUCGAACAACCCGUCGCCUUAUGAUUUUUCGAGCGCAAUGUCGGACAACGGUGGACCGGUUGUAUCUCGGGCGUCCACUCCGCGCCCUGCAGGUGACAGUCCUGUCACUGCCCCACUACGUUCUAGACAUGAUCAAUUUAUAGCUAGCUCAGCUGAAAGGACUCAACAACGACCGCCGUCCAGCGGUAGAAGUCAAAGCGGCAGCUACGAUGCUUCGAUACCCUAUCACCGGCAGAUAACGACUGGCUCGCUCCUCGCGUCAUCUCACCGCGAAUCCUCAGCCUUCGUUCCCGUCGUACCCACCAGAGCGAUGCACCCUGUAAUCUAUCCCAACGAAAUGCAUCCAGCUCUAAUGCCCUCGGAAAUAAUUGAACGCGAACGAAUGCUCGACAGAGAUAGAUCGGAGCCUGCAAAAGGUUCACCUGAUCGAAAUUCUGCCAACUUCACAAAAAGGAACUCUUUUGACCUUAUGGCUAUGAUGGUAGAAAAACGUAAAGAGGUAGCUUUACGUGAGGCGGCAGCAGCGAUGCUGUUACCCCAUCACAGAACGCCGUCGAUAGACGGAAUGAUAUCAGACAGUUCAUCUCAACCGCCUAUAUACGGACCACCCGGUGCUUUCCUUGGCGCGCCAGGACCUUCACCGACAGCCGCGAACACUUUCACAUUCCCCGGCGCAGGGCUAUUCCCGCCCGGAGCGGGCCCGCACCAGAUGCAUCCGCAUAUAGACAGGCGGCUCCUGAGAGCGCCUGGCAGAGCCUCCAGACCGAAGAAACAGUUCAUUUGCAAAUUCUGUAACCGACAAUUCACCAAAUCCUACAAUCUUCUGAUCCACGAGAGGACUCAUACGGACGAGCGACCCUAUUCAUGCGACAUCUGUGGCAAGGCGUUCCGAAGGCAAGAUCAUUUACGAGAUCACAGGUACAUUCACUCAAAAGAAAAACCAUUCAAAUGUACAGAAUGCGGAAAAGGUUUCUGCCAAUCCCGUACAUUGGCCGUCCACAAGAUACUUCACAUGGAAGAAUCUCCGCAUAAAUGUCCAGUAUGCAGCCGGAGUUUUAAUCAACGAUCAAAUCUUAAAACACAUUUACUCACUCACACGGAUCACAAGCCUUAUGAAUGUAAUUCUUGCGGAAAAGUCUUCAGAAGGAAUUGCGACUUACGACGGCACGCUUUGACACACGCUGUCGGCGAUGUGCCUCCUGGAGAUGUACUAGAUGUCGGCGAGGAAGACAUAGGACGCCCGGGAUCACCGAUUGAACCGGGAUACGACGAUGAAGAUCCUGAAUUAUCUUCACCAGAACACUCACCAGUUAGGAGAGCACGAUCAUCAUCGAUUGAAAGUGUUGGAAGAGAGCAAAGUGAAGAGAGGCCGAGGCGGACAUCACCAUCACCCGUAGAACGUACGCAUUGUCAUCAUAACGAACCUAGAGAUAGGGCCAGCCCUUAUACAAUGCGCCCGCAGUAUAUGGAGAAGCACAAACUUGCAACAUCAGAUUUAUAUGAAAAGCGAAGAUACACUUCUGAAGAAAUAAUAGAAAAAGAGAUGCGUUACACAGAUAUACUAGAUCAGCAAGUAAGACAUCCUCAAUUACAGAUUCGAAGAGAUUUACAUCAAGUGCAGCCACCGGAUCCUUCUAAAAUUGGACACAUUACCAGUCCGCCAAUGGAUCCAGGGCCUUCUGGAAUGUAUUUGAGUUCCUUCAGAAAAAGAACGCAUGCUCCUGAUAUAGGUGAUAAUAUAAGAACCUGUGCAUCUGUAUAUCGAAGUCGAUCUCCUGAACCUACAAAUCUCACAAUGCCUCGACCACCGAUUGGUAAUGGCGACGUCGUAGUGGCAAUGCCUCCAACAAUUAUGGGAAUGCAAACGUACCAUAAAUUUGGUCUCCCAAUGCCUCCCCCUCAUCCUCAAAUACCUUAUGGAUCUGUUCCGCAUACAGUAUUAGGGCCCCAGCAAACUGUUGCUCAAGAUUUGAUUGUAAAACAUGCUCCGCCCAAAGACUCUGUACCAAGCACAUCGACAAGUGUUACUAAUUGCAAAGAACUGCUGCCUCCGCAGCCGAAAGAGUCAGAAGAAACAUGCUCAAGUGCCAUUGCUAAUGGUAUCAAGAAUAUAGUUGGAAUACAACCACCGACAAAUCCGAAGCCAGGAACAAGUAACUCAAGUGGUCCUAAAAAAGGUUUUAGUAUAGAAGAUAUAAUGAGACGUUAAUUUUAUGAGUUAUCUUUUCAACUAUGUUAUUAGAAGAUUUUGUAAAUAAAUUAUUAUUUUGUAUUAUUUGUUGUAAGCUAUUUUUAAUUUGAAAGUAUUACUAGGUCAAGUUUAUACGUAAAACAUUACUAGGGGUACGUUUGUCCGUAAGAGCUAUAAGAAUUUGGUUUUCGUGAAGAUCUCAUAAGGUUUGUUUGUGCAGUGUUUUAUUUACCUCUAAAUUUUAAAAGUUAGUUAUCAAAAUUUUAGGCCAUACAUAAUUUUAUUUCGUGUGUUUAUUUUUAAU